ACGAAAAAAAUUCGGUCUGACCAUCGAUCGUCCUUCAUGCCGCUCCAGUCACCAUCCCAGCUAGCAACGACGGCAAACAAACUAAAUCGAUAAUCGAUAAUUUCUGAUUUUGAUUUUUUCUGGAAUCGUGCUCUUUCCGUGCGAUACAUCGUCGAGAGCAACUUCUUUGGAAUUUGCCGAAAUAGCCUCUCCUCUAAUCUUGUUGAGAUACCGCACCGGAGGACAAAACAAGCACUGCUCAAGUCGGCAUAGAAGUAGAAACAACUAGCUUUCCUGUACGUGUCACCUCGUACGCGCCGUUCACGCCAACGAUUCGAAGGCACACCAGUCCAGAACAAGAACUAACCAUGAGAGUCCCUACGAAGCACGGGCUCGAUCGCAAGUUCAAGCCGUGGAGAAAAGGAAAAUCGGCGAAUUCCAACAAGCGUUCUUCACUGAAACAGCAGCUGCGCGGCCACGAACGCUUGCUCUCCAAGAUUCUGAAGAGCGCUGAAAACAAAGACGGGGCKGACGAAACUAGGACGAAGGAACUCAAGAGCAAGAUUGCGGCGCUGAAAAUAGAGAUUUCCCAGAAGCAGCAAUCGAUGGUCGAAAAGAAACACGCCGAGAAGGCUCACGGGCAACGGUUUUUGGAUCGCCAGCGACUCACGAGAGAGGAAAAGAAAGUCCGAAAAAGCAACGGCGCAGACCAGGAACAACAGCUAUUGAAACUGGCGCUGGAUAAGGUCUACGUUGCGCACCACCCAAACGACGUCAAGUACAUGCCGUUGUUCAAACACGGAAAGCGGGUGACCGACCAGAGCCGACAACUCUUUCGGAGGGCAGUGACGCGGAAACGAAUCUUGCGGGACAUCAACAAGGUGACGAGGGUGAAUUGGAUCGGGAGUGAUCAGUACGAACGACUUCCGAAGGACGAGUGGACCAUCCAGGACGAAGAACGAGUGUUCGGGGGAAGCGUGUCACGAAGCAACAAGGAAAAGACGGGUUCGGUUACCAAGACGGAAGAUUCACGGUUUGCAAUGGCUUCCAAUCACGAGGAAUUAUUACGGGCAGCCGCCGAAGCCGAGAGCGAUCUGUUGCAGCAAGACGACCACACCGCCAAACCAGGCACGUCUGGAAGUGCGGAGCCGGAGAAAGGAGUUACCGAGAAGAACGAUUCUAGCUCCAGUGACGAUGAUUCAUCCGACAGUGAAGAUGAAGAGGUGAAUCCUCUAUCCAAUACGGCAAAAACUAGCAGAAAUGAAUCUGCUGCGCAACAAAAGGCAAAAGAAGAAAAUUCCAGUUCCAGUAGUGACAGCGACAGCAGCGAUUCGGAUAGUGACGACGACGAGACCAAGACAUCAUCAUCGAAAGCCGACACAUCCAAGCGAAAAAGUGCAAGCGGCUCUAGUACUAGCGAUUCGGAUUCUAGCAGUGACAGUGAUAGUGAUAGCAGCGAUGACGAAGGGGAUGAUAAGAAACAAUCCUCCGGAGCAAAUCUACAAACCUCCACGACGAGUUCCGAAGACGAAGAAGAGGAAGUCGAUGACUUUUUGGUUGACGCUACGGGUGACCACGAUGUUUUCAAGAAACCAGCGGUAAAGGUUCCGGCAAUGAGUGCCUACCGUGGUGAUAAAAGUAAGGGCUUCGAUACUCAAUCUCAACGCCCCGGCGAGUACAGGAAGAAGCGGAUACGACGCUAUUAGAAAGAGAAGGUAUAAUUGUUAUAUCUUUAGCUCUUUCAUAAACACCAACAUCUCGAUGAUUUUUGCACCAUUUAUCAUGGUUUGAAAAGAGAACAAUAAAUGAAAAAACCUGAAACUCGAUGAAUAAAAAUUUUACCGCAAUGUAUUCUUCGAAAAAUAGAGCGUACACUGACCU